GCGGGGAACGGCUGGGCGGGCCCACGCCCAAGCAGUUCUGCCCCGUGCUCGGCAGGCCGCUUAUCAGCUACACGCUGCAGGCUCUACAGAGGGUGAGCUGGAUAAAAGACAUCGUUGUAGCUGUGACCGGUGAGAACAUGGAGACAAUGACAGCCAUCAUCCGGCGGUACCAACAUCAGCGAGUCACCCUGGUUGAAGCUGGCGCUACCCGCCAUCAGUCCAUUUUCAGUGGGCUGAAGGCCUUGGCGGGAGACCACCCCCAUUCCAAGCUGCCCACCCCGACGGUUGUGAUCAUCCAUGAUGCUGUGAGACCCUUUGUGGAGGAAGAUGUCCUCGUGAGAGUGGUCACUGCUGCGAAAGAUCACGGGGCAGCAGGAGCUAUCCGGCCUCUUGUAUCCACGGUCAUUUCUCCAUCUACAGAUGGUUAUUUAGAGCAGUCAUUAGACCGGGCCAAGCACCGAGCCAGUGAAAUGCCACAGGCUUUCCUGUUUGAUGUGAUCUACAGAGCGUAUUGUCAGUGCAGUGACCACGACAUGGAGUUUGGGACAGAAUGCCUGCAUUUGGCUCUGAAGUAUUGCCAUACAAAGGCCAAGCUGGUGGAAGGCCCUCCUGAUCUGUGGAAGGUGACCUACAGACGAGAUCUAUAUGCUAUGGAAUCCAUAAUUAAAGACAAGAUUUCACAACAGAUUUGUGUUGUCAUGGACACAGAAGAAGAAGCCGGAUGCCUGGGUUUUCUUCAAGGACUGCUGCAAAAGGAACUAGAAGUUAAAGGCACAUCUGUAGCUCUGUGUCCAAAUGGCCAAGGUCUUCAGAAUGUCUCCCUGGGAGAGUGCUAUAAUUUUGUUUGCAUAAAUACAAUGAAUGCUGAUUUUCACCAAACCGUGAAGCUGCUGGAUGGGCUUGGAAGCAGAGCCCCUUCCCUUUUCUAUCCUGUUACUGUUGUCUCGGUGCAUUUUCUUGAUUCCCAAAAUGUAUUAUUUAGUGAAAGAAUGAAAGCACUGAUGGAAAUGAAGGAUUUUGCAAAGGAAGUAAAAAACCGAAAUGUUUUCUUAUACGGCGUUCUCAUCUAUUUCACACAGGAUAAUCUACAACAGCUACAAGAAAAUGUCAGGCAGGGUGCCAGCAUCAUCACUUCUCUCAUCAAGGACCGAAGUGCCGGGCUCACUGGGCAGCUGCUGAUCGCAUGAUAUGAGGAUCUGAGAUGAUGCUGAGAGCCUUGAGUGGUACCAUCUGGCUUCCUUCUGAACCGGAGGUGUGCACCUUACAGGACCAGGAAUGAGAAGGCAAUGCACCUGCCAGCCUCCGGAUGUCAUUGGGGUUUGAUGGGAUCGCUCUCCCUCUCUUCCCCUGAGUGGGCCCUGAGGUGGAUUCCAUUUUAAGUUGAUUCUGACUAUUGAAAUGAAUGAAGAUAAAAUAACCACUUUCCAGGCAUUGGCCAAAUCUUGCCAUCAAAAAAUAAAUAAUAAAAAUCUGUCCUGAUUAA